UGUUUCUCUGUAGGACUGAUUCCUGCUUUUUGGACAUGGAAAUGCCACGGUGGCUUUAGCUGGCAAAGGUCUCUUUAUGAAAGCUACAAUCUGGAUCGCGGCGGCGGAAACAGAAAGAAGAAGAUAGAGGAAUUCUCUCGGUCUUCUCGCGAAAAACUUGUCCAGUCCAAGAACAAGAUGUUCUCCAAAUUCACAUCGAUUCUGCAGCAUGCUGUGGAAGCGCUUGCGCCAUCGCUGCCCUUGCAGGAAGACUUUGUCUACCACUGGAAGGCCAUCACACAUUACUAUAUAGAAACGUCAGAUGAUAAAGCCCCAGUAACGGACACUAACAUCCCUUCCCACCUGGAGCAGAUGCUGGACAUCCUGAUCCAGGAGGAGGGAGAGAGGGAGUCGGGUGAGACCGGGCCGUGCAUGGAGUACCUGCUCCAUCACAAGAUCCUGGAGACGCUCUACACUCUGGGCAAGGCCGAUUGUCCACCUGGUAUGAAGCAGCAGGUUCUGAACUUCUACACCAAACUCCUGGGUCGGAUCCGCCAGCCGCUCCUGCCUCACAUCAACGUGCACAGACCCGUACAAAAACUCAUCCAUCUGUGUGGCGAGGUUCUGGCUGCUCCUACAGAGAACGAAGAGAUCCAGUUUCUCUGCAUAGUCUGUUCCAAACUCAAACAGGACCCCUACCUGGUUAACUUCUUUUUGGAGAAUAAGGGAAAACGAGGAGGCGAUAAAGAAUCGGGAGCUGACGGGGUGGAAGAGGAUCCGUCGUCUCCGGAUACGGGGCAGCUGCCGAAUGCUGCACACGGGGCCGGAGCUGCGAUACACACCAGCAACAACAGCAGCAGCAGCUACAACCUGGUCAGCUCUCUGCUCAACCUGACCAAGAGCCCAGACGCACGUGUGGUGGUGAAGGCGUGCGAGGGUCUGAUGCUGCUGGUCAGCUUGCCCGAGCGUGCCGCGGCGAAGACGCUAACGGAAAGCACCGAGCUGUGCGAGCUGCUCACGGCUCGCCUCAGCACCUUCUAUCAGGCGCUGCCUCAGUCCAUGGACCCGCUCGACAUCGAGACCAUCGAGUCCGUCAACUGGGGGCUGGACGUGUACAACUUUAAAGACGAUGCUGCCGCUUUCGUGGGGAAGCGGGCGCUCAUUUCCUUCCUCUCCUGGCUGGACUACUGCGAUCAGCUGAUCAAAGAGGCCCAGAAGACCACGGCAGCAGCUUUAGCUCGAGCAGUGAGAGAAUGCUUCUUUGUACCUGUAAUGGAGCCACAGUUGAUGCAAACGUCCGAGGUGGGCAUCCUGACCUCCACAGCACUGUUGAAUAGGAUCAUCAGGCAGGUCACGUCAGAGGCCUUGCUGCAGGAGACGGUCUACUUCCUGUUGGGAGAAGAACUGGGUCCAGAGACGCCGGCCAGCGUCAGUCAGAACCCCCUGAGGCACAGACUCAUAGGGCACUGCGACCACCUUUCAGACGAGAUCAGCAUCAUGACUCUGCGGCUGUUCGAGCACUUGCUGCAGAAGCCGUGCCAGCACGUGCUGCUCAGCCUGGUGCUGCGCAGCAUCGACGAGCGCAACUACAUCGAGAACAAGGCGCAAGACGAGCCCGAGGAACGCGUGCAUACGGAGAACGGGCAGCCUCACGACGCCGUCGAUUUGGAAGAGGACCCGCUGUUCUCCGACCUGUCUCCAGAUACCAGGCUGUCCAGCCCCGAUUGGCUGAGCUGCUCACCUCCACCGAGCGCGGAGCACGCAAAGCCAGAUGGGAAAACCGAGGUCCACAAAAUCGUGAACAGUUUCUUGUGCUUGGUUCCGGAUGAAGCCAAAUCGUCUUAUCAGGUCGAAGGCACUGGCUACGACACUUACCUGAGAGAUGCGCACAGACAGUUCCGAGAUUACUGUGGCAUCUGCCAGAGGUGGGACUGGCGCAGCAUCCCUAAGCCUAUUGAGAAGUGUAACCUGGACAUUCCCUUUUUCGAGGGACACUUCCUUAAAGUGCUGUUUGACAGAAUGGGACGUAUCCUAGACCAGCCGUACGAUGUCAACUUACAGGUCACGUCAGUGUUAUCGAAGCUAUCCUUGCUGCCCCAUCCUCACUUGCACGAGUAUUUGCUGGACCCCUACAUCAAUCUAGCACCUGGCUGUAGAUCCCUCUUCUCCGUCAUUGUCAGGGUGGUCGGAGACUUGAUGUUGAGGAUCCACCGUAUUCCAGAUUUCAACCCAAAACUGCUGCUAGUGAGGAAGAGGCUGCUCGGGAUGGAACCAGAAGGAUCGAGUGUUGAUCAUGUGACGUUGCUGGAGGGAGUCAUCGUCCUGGAGGAGUUCUGUAAGGAGCUGGCAGCCAUCGCGUUUGUUAAGUUCCACGCUUCUGCGUCAUCGUCCCCCUGAGCUCGUGGACACAUGCUUCAUUUCAGCACAGUUCAGACUAGACACGGAGCGGGCAACUGGCACAGGAACCACUAACUGAAUCCCAAUCAUCCUUCAGAUCAGGCUCCUGCCGAAGAAGAUCCAGAGGUAGAUCAGGAUGGAGGAUAAAGCCCACAGGUCAAAACGUGCACAGGUGUGAUUGGGAAAGCGAUCAUUGUAGCACUGGUGCAUAUUCUUGUGCUUUAUCCCUCUUUCGAUUCAUCCAAAUCGUCCCUUCUUCUUCUCUUUGUUCAUUUUGCCAUUUUAUGUUUGUUUUUGUUUUUUUAUUUACCUUUUAUUGUUCCUCUGGUUUAUUGUUUUGUUUUUUUAUGUACCUCUGGCUUUGCACAUGAACCUGCUGACUUCCAGAUUUUUAUUUUAAAUUUUUUUUUUAACCCACAGCGUGUUCGUUUCACCUCGGAUAGAAACACACUUAUUUAUUCUUGUCCAAAACAUUAGUUCUGUAAGAGCUUAAAAAAAUUGACGUGAUGUCAAAAUUUAAUCGUUAAUUAGGUAUGCUAAUUUAAAAAACAAAAAAAGCUCAGCUUUUUCUUUAAAAAAAAAAAUUGUGUACAAAAUUUAAUUUUAAUAAGCUGUUGUUCCAGUAACGGAUACUGUGCUUAUAUUAUUGUUCUUGUAGGAGACAUGAUACCAAAUGAACGGACUAUGUAUCCAACAAUGCAUAUGCAACCUAAACCAUUAUCUGUAAUGUUGAUAUUUUGAUAACUCAGGAUCAGAAAUCGAACUGUGCUUAAAAAAAAAAAAAACUAUUAAUUUUCUCAGUCCUGAUCCCUCUUUCAUCUAUAACAAAAAAAAAAAGAUCUACCGUGGACUCUGAAUGUUCAAAUGGGACCGCGCGCGUUUGCACAUCAGAAAUCGGAUUUCACUGGAGCGUCCUCGGAGAACCGCGCCGUCGCGUUCAUGACAGCGUUUGGAAACCUUUUCAUUUUUAGGGGUUUAACCUCUUCAUUGCCUUACAUGUGUGUGUUAAUUUAUGUCGUGUAUGUGUGUGUGCGUGCGCCUCGUACUUCGCUAGGAUCGAGCUGUUCUUGUCACAUUUUACAGUUAUUUAUUGUGGGUAAGUGAACGCUUUUUUUUUUUUUCUUCAAUUUUAGAGAAUUCAAGAAUCUUGCUCCUCUUCUGAUUGAUUUCAGUAUUAUUUCAGAACCUCUGGCGUAUCGUAUUUAUAAAUUUUUUCCCCCUUAUCAGCUGUAUUGAGACAUACACCAGCAAGUGUUAUCCGGUAGACUUUUUUUGUUUCUUAUUUCUUUUUUCCUGUUAAAUGCAUAAACAGAGGUUUACAAUGCUGAAAUUGUCCAUUUCCUAUACAGCUGGAUUUGUGAAACAGUUAAGACCUAUGUGUUUUUUUUGUUUUUUUUUUGCUAUUGUUGUUUUUUUCCUCCCUUCUCCUGUAACUUUUGAUCUAGGCAUGUGUCGAUAAUCAGUUCUUCACUAUGUAAGGAUUACAGCAUAUCAGAGCGUGCUGUGUUAGCAAAAUAAUCAUAGAUGUGAUUGUUACUGCUUAGCAACAGCAUACCCUGAAGUGUUUUAUUCCUCUUAUACCACAGCAAGGAGGCUAUUUAUGCAUGCAGACAGCAUUUUUGGCUGACGUUAGUGCUCCUGAAGUAAAGGUCAGGUCUCUCUCCUUAAUCCUGCCAUCACUUUGGAAUUUCCGAUACAUUAGACGUUAUAAUGUAUAGCGGAAGCUAAAUCCCAAACGUGAGUAAACAUGUUAUUGAGACGUGAUUACCAGCACAUGCCUAUUUAAGCUCUUUUGCUUGGAAUUUUUAUUUCCAUUGAACUUGGAGAAUAUCUUCUCCCUUGCAAAUCCAAUUAGUCAAACCUUCAGUUGAUUCUAGAAUUAAAUUGCACGUUCACGGUAGACAACGUUGUCCUAUUUAUGUUGUACAUAUAUCGUAUUUUGACUUAUACAAGGCUUUCAUUUUAAUUUUUCUGUCAUUUAGUACCAAAGUCCUGUCAUGUUAAGUGGCUUGUUUCUUGAUCUUGCACAUUUUAUACCAUAAAAGUUCAUAAGAGGUUUUCUCUAA